AUGCCGACCUACCCCAACGAUAUCAGCUCAAUUCAUUCAAAAUAUGGAACCCCUGAAACCAUAGGAGCAAUCGAUUUGACCCAGCAAAUUGUGGCCGGCACUGAAAUCGAUAGCGAGAACGUCGCAGAUGCCAAAGCUAGUGCACAGGCGCUUUGCGUGCUACAAACCGUUGGAAAGCACCCAUUUUUGACAGACGAAGUGGUAAAAGGCGCAGAGCUUCGUGCCGUGGCAGUUGAAAAUAUCCAUGCCACGCUUGAGUACACUGCUACUCCUGCUGACAUUGUGGCGAUUCUUCACGGACUCCGUGACGACAUAAACGGAAUCCGUACUGAAGUGAACGGAAUACGUACGGAAGUGAAUGGACUCAGUGGACUCUGUGCCGGCAUAAACAGACUCCGUACUGAAGUGAACAGACUACGUACGGAAGUGAAUGGACUCAGUGGACUCCCUACUGAAGUGAACAGACUCCGUGCUGACAUGAACGGACUCCGUACUGAAGUGAACACACUUCGAACCGACAUCCAAUUAGGGUUUGUACAAUCCAACAACAUCAAGAUCAAAUUAGAAACAAAUCAGUCCCCACAGGAGAGUAUUCACCAGUUCAGAAAGUUAUACCUGGGCCAGGUCUUGACAAGGCCCAAGGGCUGA